AUGGCAGUGCAGUAUUCGUGUUGUGGUUCACAAUUCUUCAUACGAAUCGCGAUAUGCUUCAUACUGGUAGUGUUUGCUGGGUUGAUGUCUGGACUCACCCUGGGACUCAUGUCCCUCAGUCUUGUAGACCUUGAAGUAAUAGCUAAAGCUGGAUCUCCCUCUGAUCGUAAAAAUGCUGCAAAGAUAUUACCUGUUGUCCAGAGACAGCACUUGUUGCUCUGUACCCUCUUAAUAUGCAAUGCAGCUGCCAUGGAGGCCCUUCCGAUAUUUCUUGACAGUUUGGUUGCAGCCUGGGGUGCUAUUCUUCUUUCAGUGACACUGAUUCUAUUGUUUGGUGAGAUCAUCCCACAAGCUGUUUGCUCACGGUAUGGUUUGGCAAUUGGUGCUGCUGUUGCCCCUCUUGUUCGAGUUCUUGUCUGGAUUUGUUUCCCUGUUGCAUAUCCGAUAAGCAAGCUAUUGGACCUUUUGUUGGGGAAGAGACACAAAGCAAUGUUUCGGCGAGCUGAAUUGAAAACUCUAGUUGACUUGCAUGGAAAUGAGGCAGGAAAAGGAGGAGAACUUACCCAUGAUGAGACUACUAUCAUAGGCGGAGCACUUGGACUCACAGAAAAAACAGCAAGAGAUGCUAUGACUCCUAUAGAAAACACUUUUGCCAUCGAUAUUAAUUCUAAUCUCGAUAGGAAUUUGAUGAAUAUGAUAUUGGAUAAAGGACAUAGCAGGGUUCCGGUUUAUUAUGGGAAUCCAACAAAUAUCAUAGGCCUUGUCCUGGUGAAGAAUUUGCUGAGUAUUAACCCAGAAGACAAGGUACCGGUAAAGAAUGUCACAUUUCGUAAAAUCCCAAGGGUUUCAGAAAACAUGCCUUUGUAUGACAUACUCAACGAAUUCCGAAAAGGCCAUAGUCAUAUGGCUGUUGUUGUUAGAGAUAGUGAUUCAGAGCUGUCAGGCAGCAAACAUCCACAGGAAGAACCUUUGAGAGAGGUGAAAGUGGAGAAGGAUGGAAAACAACUACCCCAAGAAAAGGAAUUGAGAAGCAAGAGAUCACUGAAGAAGUUGAAGAGCUUGCCUAAGACUACUCAUGAAUUUCAUAGAGAAACUUCUAAAGGAAAAAAGUGGUCAAAAAAUGUGGAAUCUGAAAUUUUGGACAUCAAAGAGAAACAACUUUCUGAGCUCUCAGGAGAUGGAGAAGCUAUCGGCAUAAUCACGAUGGAAGAUGUCAUAGAAGAACUGCUACAGGAGGAAAUAUAUGAUGAGACUGAUUACAGAUGAGAAAAUUUAUAACACAGGAAUCAGGAUCAGGUGCUAACAUAGCCGCUUUAGUUGCGAGGUUUAAUCUUUAACAACACUUUUUUUUUUUUUGGGUGACAAUAAAAAAAGAAAAUCAUGCUGUAAUAUAAUAUUCUGGAAGUAUUGAUACUGAUAAUUCAAACUAGUAUGACUUCUGUAUUUCAUUUACAAUAACUGUACUUUGCUCUUGCAAACAACAUCACUCAUUCAUUCCUUUUA